AUGCCGUCGACUCAAACCCGGACGAAGCUUAAGUCUUUCCAAUUCGUUGAGAGUGCGUCAAAUGCCGAAUCUUUGAAGGCGUGUGAGGCUGAGAAAGAGAACCUACCCGCUGCGCUAGCCAAGAUAUCUAAAUCAAUGGCCACGCCAAAGGCGAACCGAGUCGCAAAAGAUGUUAGCAACAACAACAAGACGCCAAAGCUACCAACCAUCACCGACUGCCCGCCGCCAUCCACUCCAGCCACCAAGAGACUACCGCUGGCGGAUCUCGUUGGGAAUAUUGAUGACUCCUCGCGACAUGCGCCGCCGCCCGUCGCUUCACCAGAAGAGCAGCUGAUAUGGAGAGGGUCGCAAGCAGUGAAUACACCUUUGCCACGGAAGAACAAGAAGCGCGCUAGGAGUUCGUCGCCUGCACCGUCACAAGAAGACAGUAGACUCGAUCAGGCCCGGAAAGACAUCACGACCCCCCAGGCUGAUCCGGCCAUGGAACUAUGGUCGCGGUACACAAACAGCAAAGGGACACCAGGCGCCAAUAAGAAUGUAGCAUUUGCGCACCUGAUCAAUGAGUCGUCACCGAGAUCUGCUGCCGCUGCUGGAAGCGUCAACGGACUACGACGCUGGGCGAGCUGUGGCGUUGAGUUUCCCGCCUCGAACGUGAAGAGGAGGCGAGUGCAUGGUGUUUUCCACCAGGAGAAAGAUACAACCGAGGAUGUGUUUGCUGGCGCUUCCAGUUCCGAUGCCGACCAACCCCAAGCAUCUCCAGGAUCAUCAGAUGACUUUGGGGAUGAUGAUUUUGAUACGGACCUCGUAGAAGCCCUGGAUAUAGUGCCCCAGCACGUCGAUCAACCAACAUAUCUGACAAGCUAUGUUACCGUUCCUACAGAACCGGUCAGUCCACCGCCGCCCGAACAACACGUAACUUUGCCAGCCCUCCCACAGACCGGAAGUGACGACGAGUUCGGAAUAGACGAUGAGGAUGAUUUUGCUGCGGACUUGGAGCAAGUUGCAUCUCUCUACGAUACGAGAUCUGUAGAGUCGGCAACAACAGGUCAAGCCGCUGCAACAGGAAACGAAGAAUUCGCAGCCACUGAAGAUGCCACACCAGCGCCUGUAAUCAAUCUCCUGGAUGACGAUGACGACGACGAGUUUGGUGACGAUAUUGAUGCCGAAGAGUUCGCUGCUGCUGAAGUCGCGGCGACACAGGUACCAGCAAGUACUCAGGACAAUAGGGCCAUACAGCGUUACUUAAUCAAACAAGUGGACGAAGGUUCAUACACCACCGACCGUGGUUAUCAAAUGCCUGAGAAGGUGCUAUUGGUCGAAGAAGAGAAAACAAAGCUGUUCAAAGCUAUCACCCUACGACAAGCUUGGUUCGAUACGCCUUGUACAACAGGGUCUUUUGUUCACGUCAUUGGCGAAUUCACAAACACUGGCCAGUGCAUAAUUGACGAUCACCACAAUAUGCUCAUCUUGCAUCCAGACCAUCUUAUCUCAUCAACCGUCGUUGCCGAUUCAUUUGGUUGCUUACGACGAGCGGUGCUCCAGGACAGAGUCAAGGCGACGAGCAAGGCUAAUGCGCCUAUGCUCUACGGCACAUUGCUCCACGAGCUCUUUCAAGAAGCCAUGAAAGUGAACAAAUGGGACUCCGUAUUUCUUUCGGAAAUAAUUGAUGUCCUUUUACCGCGCCAUUUGGAGACUAUUCUGGAGAUCAACUCGACGUGCGAAGCCAUUAAGGAACACAUGAGCAGCAAGCUACCCGAGCUGCAGGCUUGGGCAAAGUUGUUUGUUCGCGCAGAACCUCAAAAUGACGCUGUUGUUCGAGAGCUUAAUGGGCGGCAGUCUAUCAUGAGCAUUAAUAAAUUGCUCGACGUCGAAGAACAUGUUUGGUCCCCCAUGUACGGUUUGAAAGGAAACAUAGAUGCUACCGUACAAGUCACAAUGCGGGAUGAUCAGGGUGAACGGACUCUGACAGUGCCGUUUGAAGUGAAGACUGGCAAGAACUCUUCGAAUGCUGCGCACGUCGCGCAAACUGCUUUGUAUAACCUAUUGUUAUCCAAUCGUUAUGAUGUUGAUAUUGCAUACGGCAUCCUGUAUUACCUCGAAACUUCCGAUAUCAGUCGCGUCCCCGCUGUUCGUAACGACAUCAUGCACAUGAUCAUCAAGCGUAAUGAGCUGGCAUGUUACGUCCGAGAUCGCAUUGAACUACCGCCUAUCUUGAAAGAGGACUUCAAGUGUCAAAAGUGCUACGCACAGGAGUCAUGCUUUUUGUAUCACAAUCUCGUUGAGGAUGGGAAAGGUGAGAUGCUAAACAAGAAGACAAAAGAGCGAUACGACGAGCUCGUACAACCACUGCAGCGUUCCCACCAGGACUUCAUGAAGAAAUGGGAUAUCCUCUUAACCAAGGAAGAGACGGAUAUGAUGAAGUUUCGCCGAGAAUUAUGGACCAUGCUGAGCACCGACCGUGAGAAGUUGGGCCGCUGCUUCUCCAACGUUAUACUAGAACCUGGGUCUGCACACGAAGAGGAGAACGGCCAGAAGAUCAACCGGUACAGCUACACAUUCAUCAAACAGCGGCCGGUACCAGGCUUCUCCUUCACCGAAUCCCAACUCAUCGUCGGUGAGCCCAUCGUGGUAUCAGAUGAACAAGGCCAUUUCGCGCUGGCAAAUGGGUAUGUGACCAACGUCAAGAAGCGCCGGAUCACUGUUGCUGUUGAUAGACGGCUGCACAAUGCUCGUAUCAAGCUCCCGGGCUUCAAUUCGCAAAGCAAUCAGACCUUCGCCGGCAUCAUGGAGGUUACCAAAGAAGGCGAUACAGUCUCCAAACAUGAGGCCGAUGAGGAGCCAGUGUUGUAUCGUUUGGAUAAAGACGAGUUCAGCAACGGCAUGGCUGCAGCCCGCAACAACCUUAUCCAAAUUAUGGACAACAGCGUCUACAAAGCUCACGACCUUCGUGCGCUCAUUGUGGAUGGGCGAGCGCCCGUGUUCAAGCCUGUCACGGAUGCACUAUCAAUACCCCAAUCGUCACAAAUGUCUAUGAAUUCCGAUCAACGAGCUGCUGUCUCUAAAGUCAUGUCUGCGAAAGACUAUGCACUGGUGCUAGGGAUGCCCGGGACCGGAAAAACAACGACAAUUGCGCACAUUAUCCGGACCCUCGUUGCAAAAGGCAAAAGUGUCUUGCUCACUUCCUACACACAUACUGCAGUUGACAAUAUUCUUCUCAAAAUCCGGGACGACAAAAUUGGCAUACUGCGCCUUGGCACGGUAAAGAAGAUCCACCCAGAGGUUCGAGAGUUCGCUACGCUCGGAGUAGAGCCAAAGGAUAGUGUGGAGGAGCUUGAGAGAUCUUGGAUGGAGCCGCCCGUCGUGGCCACUACUUGCUUGACUAUCAACCAUUCCCUCUUCAACCGUCGAGUCUUUGACUACUGCAUCGUCGACGAGGCAUCACAAAUCACGCUACCAGUCUGCCUUGGACCUAUUCGCAUGGCCCAGAAGUUCAUCCUUGUAGGUGAUCACUACCAGCUUCCGCCGUUGGUACAGAACAAGGAAGCCAUGGAAGGUGGCCUAGAUGUCUCACUGUUCAAGCUGCUCUGUGAAGCCCACCCACAGGCAGUUGUCAGCUUAGAGCAUCAAUACCACCAGCCCGUGGUAUUUAUCAAUACCGACCUGAUUUCCGCUACCCUGGAAACACAGUCAGGGUCCCGCAUCACCAACACGCUCGAAGCCCGCCUCGUCACACAGCUUACAGUAUCACUCCUUAGCCUUGGAGUUGCGGCCGAUGAGAUCGGCAUCAUAGCCUUCUAUCGCUCGCAACUCGCUAUGCUGCGCCAAAUGGUCAAGGAUGCGCGGGCGUCGAACUGCAUACCGCCGACAAAUUCCAAGGUCGCGACAAAGAAGUUGUGA